UUCUCACUCUCUGUCCACGCACUGCAAGAGUCCAUCGAGGCGUUGAGGGAGCAGCAACAGCUCAAGACGUUAAUCUGCUAUUGAGUCUCAAUAAUAAACAGGUUUUUUUUCUGAAAAAAUGAGGCGACUGUGGAUUAUCGGUCUCCUCUGUACACUAUUGGCUUUCGCAUCCGUGAAAGCUGAUGAUGACGUUGACAUUGACGGCACAGUGGAAGAGGACCUUGGGAAGAGCAGAGAUGGAUCCCGCACAGAUGACGAGGUUGUUCAGAGGGAGGAAGAAGCUAUUCAGCUAGAUGGUUUGAACGCCUCGCAAAUAAAGGAAAUUCGCGAAAAAGCAGAAAAGCAUGUAUUCCAGGCGGAAGUGAACAGGAUGAUGAAACUGAUCAUCAAUUCUCUGUAUAAGAACAAGGAGAUCUUCCUUAGAGAACUGAUCUCUAAUGCUUCCGAUGCCUUGGAUAAGAUCCGGUUGUUGUCCCUGACCAACGAUGAUGCCCUUGCUGGAAAUGAAGAGCUUACUAUUAAAAUCAAGUCCGACAAAGAAAAGAACAUGCUUCACAUCACUGACACUGGUAUCGGCAUGACCAAAGAAGAACUGGUGAAGAACCUUGGUACCAUCGCCAAGUCCGGAACCAGCGAGUUCCUCAACAAGAUGACUGAGAUCCAGGAUGACAGUCAGACCACCUCUGAGCUGAUCGGUCAGUUUGGUGUGGGCUUCUACUCUGCCUUCCUUGUGGCUGAUAAGGUCAUCGUCACCUCCAAGCACAACAACGGCACCCAACACAUCUGGGAAUCGGAUUCCAAUGAGUUCUCCGUCAUCGAGGACCCUCGUGGUGACACUCUGGGCAGAGGCACUACCAUUACGUUGGUGAUGAAAGAGGAAGCUUCUGACUACCUUGAGCUGGAGACUAUUAAGAACCUGGUGAAGAAGUACUCUCAGUUCAUCAACUUCCCCAUCUAUGUAUGGAGCAGCAAGACUGAGACCGUAGAGGAGCCCAUUGAAGAGGAGGAUACAGGGGCAGAGAAGGAAGAGACCACUGAAGAUGAGGCUGAAGUUGAGGAAGAGGAUGAAGACAAAGACAAACCAAAGACUAAGAAGGUGGAGAAGACCGUGUGGGACUGGGAGCUGAUGAAUGACAUUAAACCCAUCUGGCAGAGGCCUGCAAAGGAAGUGGAGGAAGAUGAAUACAAAGCGUUCUACAAGACCUUCUCCAGGGACUCAGAGGAGCCCAUGUCACACAUUCACUUCACCGCUGAAGGCGAGGUCACCUUCAAGUCCAUCCUCUUCAUCCCUUCAGCUGCACCCAGAGGUCUUUUCGACGAGUAUGGGACCAAGAAGAAUGACUUCAUCAAGCUAUUUGUGCGUAGAGUCUUCAUCACCGAUGACUUCCAUGACAUGAUGCCCAAGUACCUCAACUUCAUCAAAGGCGUUGUGGACUCUGAUGAUCUACCUCUGAAUGUGUCCAGAGAGACUUUACAGCAACACAAACUGCUCAAGGUCAUCCGUAAGAAGCUGGUCCGUAAGACCCUGGACAUGAUCAAGAAGAUCGCAGAGGAGCAGUACAAUGACAAAUUCUGGAAGGAGUUCGGCACCAACAUCAAGCUGGGAGUUAUUGAGGAUCACUCAAACAGAACCCGCCUGGCCAAGCUGCUCCGCUUCCAGACCUCCCACAGCGAGACCGUGCUGUCUAGUCUGGAGCAGUAUGUUGAGAGGAUGAAGGAGAAGCAAGACAAGAUCUUCUUCAUGGCUGGAACCACCAGGAAGGAGGCCGAGUCUUCUCCAUUCGUGGAGAGGCUUCUUAAGAAAGGAUAUGAGGUCGUCUACCUGACUGAGCCAGUGGAUGAGUACUGUAUCCAGGCCCUGCCCGAGUUCGACGGCAAACGCUUCCAGAACGUGGCGAAGGAGGGUGUGAAGUUUGACGAGAACGAUAAGGCCAAGGAGAAGAGGGAAGCUUUGGAGAAAGAGUUCGAACCCCUCACCACUUGGAUGAAAGACAAGGCCCUGAAGGACAACAUCGAGAAGGCCAUUUUGUCCCAGAGGCUGACCAACUCUCCAUGCGCUCUGGUUGCCAGUCAGUACGGAUGGUCUGGAAACAUGGAACGGAUCAUGAAAGCCCAGGCUUACCAGACAGGAAAAGACAUUUCCACAAAUUAUUAUGCAAGUCAAAAGAAGACCUUAGAAAUCAACCCCAAACAUCCUCUCAUCAAGGAGAUGUUGAAGAGAGUCAAAGAAGACGCGGAGGAUCAGACCGCUGCGGAUUUAGCUGUAGUGCUCUUUGAGACGGCCACACUGCGAUCCGGCUACCAGCUCUCAGACACCAAAGCAUACGGAGACAGAAUAGAGCGCAUGCUGCGGCUCAGUAUGAACGUAGACCUCGACGCACAGGUUGAGGAGGAGCCAGAGGAUGAACCAGAAGAACAGACAGAGGAAGCUGAGGAUGAGGAGGAGGUCCAGGCAGAUGAGGAGGCAGAAGAAGAAUCAGAUACCACAGGCAAAGAUGAGCUGUAAAGUGUAAAUCUGGGAGGGCCGGGGUGUCGGACUGUGAUGCAGAGUGGAGAUGGCGAUCUCAGCUGGUUGUCUUUUCUCUGUGCGGGUGGGUUUGGGGAUAGGAGCGGUUUUUUUUUUUUUUUUUUUUAAAGGCGCUGCGUUUGUGUUUGAGAUUUCUUUUUUUUACAUUCCUCCAUGAUUGUAAAUUUGUUAAUAUUUAACUGACCCAGUUGUGGAGUGCUGACUCCUGUCCACAGAACUAUUAAAUGUUUCCGAAAAAAGGA